AUGAAAUUUUUCAGAGUUGUUCUCGAUGAAGCUCACAAUAUUAAAAAUAGAAAGUCUCUUCAGGCCAGGGCUACAGCAGCUGUUGAUGCAGAAAGAAGAUGGGCAGUCACCGGUACACCAAUUCAAAAUCAUAUUGAUGACUUAUUCUCACUAUUCCACUUCUUGAAAGUUAAUCCACAUGGAGAUUGGAGAUGGUGGUCAAGGUUUAUUGGCAAACCAUUCGAAAAGAAGGAUAAGAAGGCUAUUGACGCUCUUCAAUCUGUUAUCAAGAAGUUGGUCAUUCGUAGAACAAAGAAUAAGAAGAUUAAUGGUAAAAGAAUUGUCAUGUUGCCACCAAAGAGAAUCGAGACAGUCAAUAUACAAUUUACUGAGGCAGAGAGUAAUUUUUACAAAUCUCUCUACGAGUACAGCAAGGGUAAAUUUAACGAGUUUGUUAGAAGUGGAACUGUUCUUAAAAAUUAUGCAAACAUUUUGGAAAUGCUUUUGCACUUGAGACAGGUUUGCAACCAUCCAGCUCUCAUCAUUACAAGUUUCCAGAAGAAAUCUGAAAAAUCAACCAUGAAUGGCUUCUUGGAAAGUUUUGAACAAAAGAAUGCCUUUGAAGUAUAUGAUUCUAUUUUACCAAUGUUACCUCAAGUUUUAAAACUUAAUAAGGAAAAGAACAAACCAAAACAAAAUUUGGAAGAUGGCAUGAUUUCCUCUCAACUCAAAGCUAUUAAUGUUACUAAAUAUAUGAGGACUAAUUGGAGAUCGAGUAGUAAGAUUGGAGCUCUUAUAGAAAAAUUGAGAGUUUUAGAGUUGGGAACUAAAUCAGUUGUGUUCUCACAGUGGACAUCCAUGUUGGACUUGGUAGAAGUAGCUCUCGAAAAAUCUAACAUUAAAUUCGUCAGACUUGAUGGUAAAAUGCAAAGAAAAGACAGAGAUGAUGCAGUACAAAAAUUCAAAUUUGAUCCUCAUAUUCAAGUUUGUCUUAUUUCCCUCAAGGUUGGUGGUACAGGGUUGAACUUGGUUUGGGCUACACAUGUAUUUUUAUUAGAUCCAUGGUGGAAUCCUGCUAUUGAAGAGCAAGCCAUUGAUAGAGUUCACCGUAUUGGUCAAGAUAAGCCUGUUACUGUUUUCAGAUUCGUUGUAAAGGAUUCAGUUGAAGAACGUAUUUUGAGUUUACAAAAGAGUAAGACUAAAAUUGCCAAUGAAGCGCUCAAUCUUGGUGGAAGUGAUGACGAGGAAGAAGAAAAUUAUACAACCUAUACAACAUCAUUCUUGGGUGGCUCAUUUGGUGGUGGUGCUUUGAAGAGCAAGUCAUAUGACUCUGAUGAAGAAUAUGAGGAUGACGAUGAAGACGAAUUCAAUGAAGUAACUGUAGAUGACUUGGAGGAUGAAGAAUCAGGAUCUGGUGGUGCCAUGUUUGGCCAUACCAAGAAGGAUGCUCAAAAAAUACGUAUCAAGGAUUUGUCUACAAUCUUUGUUUAA